AGCGGCAGAGCACAUUCAUUGUAGUUAUCGGAUCCCAUUAAAACCAACGCCGUUACGCAACACCUAAACUCUAAUCUCACUCUAUUAUUAUCCUAAUCUACAAUCUAAUCCUCUAUCAAUCUCAACUAAUCAAAAAUCUACAGAAUCAAUCCAUGGAAUCAUCAAUUCUUCCUACACUGAUUCAACUACGAGCAUCUGCAAACUCAUUUCUAUCUCAAUUCGAACCGCUAGCAAUCGUUGUUGCUCCUAUCGUUUCGUUUCUAGUCGCUAGGGUUCUUCAAUCGUUUAUUCAACUAAUUCAUGAAAAAGGAGUCAAAGCAACGGUUAUUGGAUUCGUCAUGACACUGUUCAAGUUGGUUCCUGGUGUGCAGAAGUAUAUUGAUGCCGAGAAACAAAAGGUUGUUGACAAAUUGCAAUCUUCUGGUAAAUCUUCAAGGGAUGGUUGGAAAACUGAGCUCCCAAAUACGGGAUUAGGAACAAAGGUUCUAGAACAAAUGAAAGACCUCAAACAAAAAGAUCCAGCUUGGCAAGGCAAAUGUUCUGGUACAGUAUAUAUUGGAGGAAAUGAAUCUGAAGGUCACUUUUCAUUAAUAAACGAGGCAUGUUCAAUGUUUGCACAUACCAACCCGUUACAUUUAGAUGUAUUCAAGAGUGUUGUGAGAUUUGAGGCAGAAGUGGUUGCAAUGACUGGCGCUCUUUUCGGAAGUAAAGAAAAGGCAUCCGGAGGGAAAAUAUGUGGCAAUAUGACUUCAGGAGGAACAGAGAGUAUAUUAAUGGCUGUCAAAUCGUCACGUGAUUAUAUGAGGGCGAAAAAGAAUAUUACAUGUCCGGAAAUGAUAAUACCUGAAUCUGCACACUCAGCUUAUGACAAAGCUUGUCAAUAUUUCAAAAUCAAAUUGUGGCGUGUUCCCGUGAAUAAGGAAUUUCAAGCAGAUGUUAAAGCUAUCAGGAAAUAUAUCAACAAAAACACCAUUAUGAUUGUUGGAUCGGCUCCUGGUUUUCCACAUGGAAUCAUUGACCCAAUAGAGGAGCUCGGUGAAUUAGCAGUUAGUUACAGGAUUUGUCUGCAUGUAGACCUUUGUCUUGGUGGUUUUGUGUUACCUUUUGCACGUAAACUCGGGUACCCAAUUCCACCAUUUGAUUUUACAGUUCAAGGAGUGACCUCUAUAUCAGCAGAUGUUCAUAAGUAUGGGUUGGCACCCAAAGGGACUAGUAUAGUGUUAUACAGAAAUCAUGAUAUUCGGAAGCAUCAGUUUGUUGCUGUUACCGAGUGGUCUGGUGGUCUAUAUGUAUCUCCAACAAUUGCUGGUAGCCGACCUGGAAACGUGAUUGCCGGAGCUUGGGCAGCUAUGAUUUCAUUAGGGCAAGAAGGUUACCUUGAGCACACAAGAGAGAUAAUGGAAGCAUCAAAGAGGAUACAACAAGGAGUGAAAGAGAUCCCCGAAUUGUUUAUCAUUGGAAGGCCAGAUAUGACAAUUGUGGCGUUUGGCUCUAAUGUAAUUGACAUAUUUGAAGUGAAUGACAUAUUGUCCUCUAAAGGCUGGCAUUUUAGUCCCUUGCAGAGACCCAACAGCAUUCAUAUCUGUGUGACCCUUCAACAUGUGCCUGUUGUUGAUGAAUUCCUCAACGAUUUAAAGGAUUCAGUGCAAACUGUGAAAAGGAAUCCCGGGCCAAUAAGCGGAGGACUUGCGCCGAUAUAUGGUGCAGCCGGGAAGAUUCCGGAUAGAGGUAUGGUUAGCGAAUUACUGGUAGACUACAUGGAUAAUGCAUGCUAAUAUGAUUCUUGGGGUGUUUGGAUCCACUUAUCUGUCAAAAGCUUUCGAAGGAAAGGAUAGUGGAAAUUGUGUGUUGAUGAUAUGUAAACUGUUUUAUACAAGUUUGUAGAUGUAUAUGUUAAAGUAAUUCAAAUACCAUCUAUUUUUAACCCUGAAUUUGCAAGUGUUGGUUGAAUUGAAAA